CUGUUAAACCAGUUCAGUAAUUCCGACGGCCAUAGCCAAUAAAAUCCGAGCAUAACUUUUCGAAUUUGAGAAGAGAGAGAAUAGCCAUCUGUUCAUCCAAAGCAAACCCUUGAUUUUUCUUGCCAAAUGGGGUCAGUUUGGUAAUUGCAACCACCAUGAAUCGGCCAUACUAGCGAAACAAGACAGUCUCCGACGGCGGAGGAGGAGGACAAGGAGAAGGUGAAGGUGAAGGUGAAGGUGUGAAGGAAGAGGAGAAGGAUGUACAGAGAGCGUGGAGCGGGUGGGUCAAAGUCCGAGGUGGGAGCCGUGGAUCGGAAGCGAAUUAAUGAUGCCCUCGACAAGCAUCUCGAGAGAUCCUCGCCGUCUACCUCCAGGGCCACCAACAGCAAGGACAAAAUGGCGCAAUCUGUUAUGAUAGGGAAGCAACCUCCUAAUCACAGGGACUCUCGCUCUGGUUCUCUCUCCAAAAACAAUGCUUCCGUUGAGGAAUCUGAAACAGACAGUGAAGAGUCAGAUGUUAGUGGUUCUGAUGGAGAGGACACAUCCUGGAUCUCAUGGUUUUGCAAUUUGCGAGGAAAUGAAUUCUUUUGUGAGGUUGAUGAUGAUUACAUACAGGAUGAUUUUAAUCUGUGUGGACUUAGCAGUCAAGUUCCUUACUAUGAUUAUGCUCUUGAUUUGAUUUUGGAUGUUGAAUCUUCUCAUGGUGACAUGUUUACUGAGGAACAAAAUGAGCUCAUCGAAUCAGCAGCAGAGAUGCUUUAUGGUCUCAUUCAUGCUCGAUAUAUCUUGACCAGCAAAGGAAUGGCUGCCAUGUUAGACAAGUACAAGAAUUAUGAUUUUGGAAGAUGUCCUAGAGUUUACUGCUGUGGACAACCAUGUCUUCCAGUUGGUCAAUCGGACAUUCCUCGGGCAAGCACUGUUAAAAUAUAUUGCCCCAGAUGUGAAGAUAUCUACUAUCCUCGGUCCAAGUAUCAAGAUUAAUGGUUAGAUGCAUAGACGUGCAAUAUCAAUGUCAUGGUGCUUCUUUUAAAUAUAGGUUAGUGUCAAUUUCAGCCUAUGUAUCCAAUCUUGUCAAGGAAUGGCUUGAAUUUUGCAGUUGGACCAUUUGCAUGUAUAUUGCUAGGAUUUUUGCGUUAGAGAUGGUGAAUAACAAGUUGAAACUAUACAUUUUUAAUGGUAUACAGUUGUGCGAAAAACAUUUUCUGCCUGUACGUUUGGUGAGACAUUUUAUGUUUUCUAGUGGAAUUUAACUAGAUGAUAUUAUCAGAAUGGUAAUGAAGUGUCAGCAUUUGGGAGAAGCAGUAAAGUAAUAAAAUAUAUGGAAAUAAUGAACAGUUGGUUGUCUGCUUUCGGAUUACAUGGUUGGAUUACAAAUCAUGUAAAUAUGGAUAUUAUUAGCUGUUGCAUGGUUAGUUUUAGUGAUUGAUGUAAAAGAAGAUGGAUGCAUGUCAAGUGGGACUUGAAAAGUCCAAGGCAUGUGCCGUGGGUUUGGCUUUAAUUUGUGAUGCAUCCU